UUUAAUAUUAGCAAACUAUGGUUUUGGCAAGUCGUUAAGGACAUCUACUUUGUGCAUGACAUGAGUAAUUUUUCCAAAAAUUGUUUACAGACAGAUUGUUUCACUUUUAAUUGACUAUAUCACAAUUACAGUGGGUUAGAUGUUUACAUACACUAAGUUAACAGUGCCUUUAAGAAGCUUGGACAAUUCCAGAAAAUGAUGUCAAGACUUUAAACAAUUAGCCAAUUAAUUUCUGAUAGGAGGUGUACUGAAUUGGAGGUGUACCUGUGGAUAUAUUUUAAGGCCUACCUUCAAACUCAGUGCCUCUUUGCUUGACAUCAUGGGAAAAACAAACGAAAUCAGCAAAGACCUCAAUUUUUAUUUAUUUAUUUAUUUUUUAAAUGUGGACCUCCACAAGUCUGGUUCAACAUUGGUAGCAAUUUUCAAAUGCCUGAAGGUACCACGUUCAUCUGUUCAAACAAUAGUACGCAAGUAUAAACACCAUGGGAUCAUGCUGCCAUCAUACGGCUCAGAAUUCUGUCUCCUAGAGAUUAACUUAGUUUGGUGUGAAAAGUGCAAAUCAAUCCCAGAACAACAGCAAAGGAUCUUGUGAAGAUGCUGGAGGAAAAAGGUAGACAAAUAUAUAUAUACACACAGUAAAACAAGUCCUAUAUCGGCAUAACCUGAAAGGCUGCUCACCAUGGGAGAAGCCACUGCUCCAAAACUGCCAUAAAAAAGCAAGACUACAGUUUGCAAGUGCACAUGGUGACAAAAAUAUUUUUUAUAUUUCUGGUCUGAUGAAACAAAAAUCAAACUGUUUGGCCAUAAUGACCAUCAUUAUGUUUGGAAGAAAAACGAUGAGGCUUGCAAGCCAAAGAACACCAUCCCAGACGUGAAGCAUGCGGGUGGCAGCAUAAUGUUGUGGGGUGCUUUGCUGCAGGAGGGACUGGUGCACGUCACAAAAUAGAUGGCAUCAUGAGGAAGGGAAAUUAUGUGGAUAUAUUGAAGCAACAUCUCAAGACAUCAGCCAGGAAGUUAAAGCUCUGUCACAAAUGGGUCUUCCAAAUGGACAUUGACCCCAAGCAUACCUCCAAAGUUGUGGCAAAAUGGCUUAAGGACAACAAAGUCAAGGUAUUGGAGUGGCCACCACAAAGGCUUGACCUCAGUCCGACAGAAAAUUUGUGGGCAGAACUGAAAAAGCAUGUGUGAGCAAGGAGGCCUACAAACCUGACUCAAUUACACCAGUUCUGUCUGGAGGAAUGGGCCAAAAUUCCAGCAUCUUAUUGUGAGAAGCUUGUGGAAGGCUACCCAAAACGUUUGACCCAAGUUAAAAAUGUAAAGGCAAUGCUACCAAAUAUUAACAAAGUGUAUGUAAACUUCUGACCCACUGGGUAUGUGAUGAAAGAAAUAAAAGCUGAAAUAAAUAAUUCUCCCUACUAUUAUUCUGACAUUUCACAUUCUUAAAGUAGUGAUGUUUACUGAAAGUUUUCUAAGAUUAAAUGUUUGUUUUGACUCUGAUUUGUUCGUUGUCAGCUAGAUUCUUGGUUUUACACAGUAUGAUUCUCCAACAGUAUUUGCGCGCAAAAAGCCACAACAACAGCAUUUUACAAAAUACUAGAGGUUUCAUGGUUUCAAAUGUCCCUUCUGAGACAGAUCUGGGCAGUUUUGUGAUGUUUCUUGUGAGGCAGAUUAGUGAAGGCAUGUGACUGCAGGAGAGACAGAGUCACUAUUGUAAUGUUGCAGAGAGUAGAGAGCGCCAAAGCAGCUGACCCUUUAGUUUCAUUUAGGAAACCUUCAGUUAGGUUGAAUUGAAUUAGAGGCAGACACUGAAGUUUACAGAGUGCAUCUCCCACUCACCGCAAGUCUUAUGUGCUAAAAAUGGACGAGGCAGCCCUUUCAGUCAUAAAUGAAAUCGAGAAUGAGAUGAUGCUCUUCGUGCUGUCUGAUCACUGCUAUCAGUGUUUGCUCCAGCCAUUAGGGAUAGUACCUGCUGGCCUGGGUCCUGGGACUCCGACUACAGUGGGGUUUGUUGUAGGCACACAGCACCCUUUGACAUUGCAGUUAAACAGCACCCCUGCCAACCUAGAGCUGUGCAAAGUUCACUUCCACUUUGGAGAGCAGGGCAACUAUUCUCUGUGGGUGAAGAACCUGAACAAGCCGUCCCAGGUCAGCUGCACAAUGGUGACUGAUUCAGAGCCUGUCAACAACUACCUGCCCAUUUUGUUUGCGUUUCUGGUAUUAGCUGGAUUGGCAGCGUUAGCUACGAUUUGGAACACUGUUAAAAGGCUGGAUGUUGUGAGAAAUCUACUUCUUCGCUUGGGGAGCACAGUGGAGACAGAGAGACUGAUAAACUCGGAGCUUGGCACUCCAAACAGAUUGGUAGAUGCCUCCACGGAAUCAAUAAUUCCAUCCACCACUGGACGGAGGCUUCGGUCUUUGGACACUUUCCGUGGCUUAGCUCUUGUCAUUAUGGUGUUUGUGAACUAUGGAGGUGGACGUUACUGGUUCUUCAGGCAUGAGAGUUGGAAUGGUCUCACAGUGGCUGAUCUUGUGUUUCCUUGGUUUGUGUUCAUUAUGGGAACAUCCAUUGGUCUGUCCUUGAGCGGGUCAUUGCGUAGAGGCGUCAAACACACUCAUCUUCUGUGGAAGGUUUUCUGGAGGAGCUUACAACUCUUUCUCAUCGGCGUCAUCAUCAUUAAUCCUAACUACUGCCAAGGACCCUUGUCUUGGGAUUCCCUGCGUAUUCCUGGUGUAUUACAGCGUCUGGGCUUCACCUACCUUGUUGUGGCUGUUUUGGACCUUGCUGUGGCAAAGGACCGAUUCCCCAACCUGUCAAGUGAGACAUGCUGGUACUCGGUACAUGAUGUCUGCCUCUACUGGCCUGCAUGGCUGUGUGUGAUUGCUUUGGAGACAGUGUGGUUGUGUUUGACCUUUCUUCUCCCAGUGCCAGGCUGCCCAACUGGUUAUUUGGGUCCAGGGGGCAUUGGUGACUUUGGCCAGUUCCUAAACUGCACUGGGGGGGCUGCGGGUCAUAUUGACCGCUGGCUGCUCGGAGAGACCCAUAUUUACCAGACGCCUUCAUCACGGGUUGUGUACCAGUCUAUUGUGCCAUUUGACCCUGAGGGUGUUUUGGGAAGCAUUAACUCCAUAUUGAUGGCAUUUUUGGGUCUUCAGGCAGGAAAAAUUCUGCUACAUUACAGGGACCAACACAGACAAAUAAUCACACGAUUUCUCAUUUGGGGAUCCAUUUUGGGGAUCAUCUCAGCUGUGCUGACCAAGUGCUCCAGAAACAAUGGCUUCAUUCCGGUUAACAAAAACUUGUGGUCAUUGUCCUAUGUGACGACUCUCAGCAGUUUUGCUUUUGUGGUUUUGGUGUUUUUUUACUAUAUGGUGGAUGUGAAGAAGUGGUGGUCUGGAGCGCCCUUCUUUUACCCUGGUAUGAAUUCCAUCUUGGUGUAUGUGGGCCAUGAGGUGUUUGAGGAAUACUUCCCCUUCCGUUGGAAGAUGGCGAACAGCCAAUCACACACCGAGCAUCUGGCUCAGAACCUCCUGGCCACUUCUAUAUGGGUGUUUAUAGCCUUCCUGCUCUACAGAAAGAAGAUCUUCUGGAAGAUUUAAGGGUGUAUCUCUCUCUCUUCUGCAGAUUUUCAAAGGACCUGCACUACAUUGUGAAUUCAAUCAUUGGGAUUAUUUUGAAGAUCUCAUAACAUUAGUACCUCGUUUGCCAGUCGCAAACAGAAACACAUGGUCUAGGAAUAGAUCUUGGAUAAAAUAUGAGAAGAGCAGAAGUAAGAAGAGCACAUGUGGCAGUGCCAAGACCCCUCUGUGGACUCAGUCAGGUUCUCAGUGGAGGACAGUGAAUGCCAUAGGAAGAUUCUGAUAAAUUAUAAUUCAAUUUACAGGUUUGGACUAAUGUUUAUCCUUAUGCACAAAGAGACAUCGUGAUUGAAUAAUGAAAUUUCUAAAUGGUUCCUUAUAUGGGAGAAUUCCUAGAGUCUGAGAUGAAACGCAGAUUAUGUACUAGGUUAUGAAAUUUAGGUUUGAUUAAAGGAUUAGUUCACCCAAAAAUGAAAAUUCUCAUCAUUUUCUCACCCUCAUGCCAUCCCAGAUUUGUAUGACUUUCUUCUGCUGAACACAAAUGAAGAUUUUUAGAAGAAUAUCUCAGCUAUGUAGGUCCAUACAAUGCAAGUGAAUGGUGACCAGAACUCCAAAAGCUCCAAAAAGAUAGUCAGCAUAAAAGUAAUCCAUAAGACUCCAGUGGUUUAAUCCAUGUCUUCUGAAGCGAUCCAGUUGGUUUUGUGUGAGAACAUACCAAAAUGAAACUCCUCUUUUACUGUACAUCUUGACAUCAGCAGUCUCCUUGGCGAUCAUGAUUUCAAGCUCGAUUACACUUCUUAUAGUGCCAUCUAGCAUUCUGCGCAUGCGUCAAGAACUAGGAAGUGUAAUUGAGCUUGAAAUCAUGAUUGUGCCUAGAGACUGCAAUGACAAGUUGAAAAAGGGGACACAUUUUGGUCUGUUAUCACACAAAACCAAUUAGAUCACUUCAGGAGACAUGGAUUAAACCACUGGAUUACUUAUGGAUUACUUUUAUGCUGCCUUUAUGUGCUUUUUGGUCACCAUUCACUUGCAUUGUAUGGAUCUACAGAGCUGAGAUAUUCUUUUAAAAAUCUUCGUUUGUGUUCUGCAGAAGAAAGAAAGUCAUACACAUCUGGGAUGGCAUGAAGGUGAGUAAAUUAUGAGAGAACUUUCAUUUUUGGGUGAACUAUUGCAUUAAGGUCCUCAUGUAUGCCAUCGUGAAACAGAGAGCAAAUGAGAAUGAGAGAAAACCUCACAAUGACAAAACAUGCGAAAAGGUCCUUAAAACCUGCAGAAAUGAUGCACUCAAAGUAAAGUAAAAUAAAAUUACAGUUUUAAUUUGAAUGUCAUUAACACUCUGGGGCUGCUUUUAUAGGUUUGUCUUUUCUUUUUUACUCUGUGGACUUUUUUUUUCUUUGGAUACUGUUGUUUUAUUCUUCGUACAGUAGGAUGAAAGUAUCAUGAUUAAAAGGAUGUGUGUUUGUGAGAGAGGAAAAGAUAGAGGGUCCUACCUUCUCAAAAACUCAGGAGAUUUGCACAACUUGGAGUGCCAAAUAUAGUAUGCUUUACAAAUGCAUGGUUUCUCUGAUAAAACAAUAUAUGUUUACUACAGUUUAUUACAGUUUACCAGUAACAUGUUACCUCUACCAAAGAAAUCAAAUUACAGAAAAAAAAUAACACUUAUUACUGACAUAUUUUCCUUACACAUUGCUGCUUGUAAAAUUAUUGUUCCUAGAGAAGGGAAAAUAUUGUUGCCAAUUCACAAAAUCAAUUCCAUCUUUAUUCCAUUGUUUUUUUUAAGUUUUAAUUAAUAUAUUACAGAUUUAUUCAAUUUGUAUUACACGUCCACAUGUAUAACUUUGUUUUAUACUUUACAACAUGGGACAUGGUAGGAAUAAAAAAAAUGUUUU